AUGGAUGGGGCCUGCGUGGGUAGUAACCAAAUACGAUCAACGCGGACUCCUAACUUCCCUCCGGAUCGUUCAUGUGGUUCCUUUGGGGCCAACCCCGAAACGGUCCCUCACAUCCUUGCUAGUGGAACUACUAAAGAUGGCCUGAGACGCUCUGCGCAGGAGGCUCUUGUUGCUACUGGGUGA